UGUACGUGCGGUGGAUACGCCAAAAGUGUAGCAAAUGGUAUGUGUGGCGGACGUCGUUGUGUCGUCGUCGUCGUUCCAGGGCAUCGCGGUGAAAUGAAAUGAUUUAUAAAGUAUUUAUCGCCGUACAGAACAGGGCGCCGAAACCGGAAUUGUCGCUGCUGCUAGUUCAAGUUCCUGGCAGCUUCGGUGUGCAGCUGCAGCAGUGAGAGUGCACUCUGGGUUUUGGGUCGCAAGCAGCAGCUUACGCGUCUCCCCACGACGAGCAGGUCGUGGAGCAAAAAAGGAAAAGGGAGCGAGAAAAAAAAAAACGUAUCGUGAAAAACGGGCAGCCCACCACCCCCUCGGAUUUUGGUGGAGAACGUAACGGUAUGCGUACGCGCGCAUAAGUGCUGUAUGUGUGUGAAGUAGUGGUAGUAGUAGGCGCUGCUCGGAAUGAUUGGCGUUCAGGUUUUCGUCAAUUCCAUCCACGGAGACGCAAAGGCAACGAAAAAAAAGGUCAUCGUGCACAAAAUCGCGCUGCGAGGCUAGCCAUAGUUGUGUGGCUGCUGCUCCUCGAGAAAGCUCGCGGCUCUGCGUGAAUGCGCCUGGCCUGGCCUGGCCCGUCGAUAGUCGAAGCUGUGUGUGCUGGAGAAAUAAACGGGAAAAAUGCGUUGCGCUGUGUGGCUGGUGUGGGGUGCUGUGUUGUACGCGUAUGUGUCUGACUACUACUACCUGUGCCAAUAAUAAUAAUAAUAAUCGUCGUCGUCAUCAUAAUAGUACAGAAAGGAAAACAUUGCGAGUGUAAAAUUUACUCAGCUCCCGAUACGGGUGAAGUCUCGAGAAAAGUGGCGACGUGUACAAAAGUUGAGUGUUUCGCGUCCAGCCACGGAUUGGCAAGAACACCCAUCCCAGUGUGCCGUUCUUUUCACAUUCCAAAUGUGCGCUGUGGUGUGGUAGUGAUUCGUGAAAGUGUGCAGUAGGAUAAGGAAAAGCCAAGAAGAAACUUGUGAAAAAAGGCACCAUUUGAAGCAUACUACGAUUUUUCUUACAAACCCACACAACCGCACGCAUGCACACAUCCAUAUGCUCUCAAGUUCUCCCCGAAUACCGUCAUGUUCCUGGGCAAGCUUGCAGACUCCACUGACCCUAUCAUCACCGUGCUCUAGUCAUCGAAGAAAACAUUCCAACGGGCUCGCCAUCGAAGCAACCAUUUGCCUGGCCAAUUUAAUAAUCGUUCGGAGGAGGAAUACAGCAAAAAAAAAAACCAUACCUAUAAACGACUAACGCAAAUCAGCGCAAUGCAGCAACAGUGUGAUAAGUGCUAAAACAAAUAAAACUUCAACCAACACACCACCGACUUACGAAAUCAGACGACACGAAAACGAUAUUGUACGGCGUAAAUGAUCUUACACAAAAUUUGAAGCGGAAGAUUCGGCGGCUGCUGCUCGAACUCUGCCAUUCGAACGUUCCAGGUCACCAUUUCAUACGUUUUUAGGAAAAGCGAAAAUCUGUGAUAUUUCCCACUCUCUGGGCUCACCCACCCUGUGUUUGGACAGGAACGGCGUUAUUUCUUUUGGGACCGACGCGUACGCAGCAGUGUGCCUCCGGGCGUUAAAAACUCCGUCCUAACAGUGGGUGUAAAGGUGCUUCAUCUCCCUGCCAACAACAAGAACACGUAAAAUACUUAAGCUUAAGUUGGAUUUUAUGUUUUAAGCAAAACGUUGGAAGAGGACGGUGCGUUCGAUCAUGCGUGUGUGUUGAUCGCCACCGUUGCGUACCUGCCACCUAUCAUAGUCGUCGUGUAUUAGGCGCGUCCUACCAAAGGACGUGGGAAUAGCAUCGUGUUUCCGGGGCUGGUGGGGCCACCCUCGUGUGAGCAAGGAAGCACCAACAACCAACGACGGAUAAUAAUUACGAUUACCGACAAACACAACCAUCGCAAGUACAAUAAUAAUAGGGAAAAACCCAUAAACUCUUGAAGAGUGAAACUUAAUUUGCUCGUUUGGUGCAAUCUUCCAUGUGGUGAGUUGUGGUGCAAACCGGCAAAAAGGCCGGCUAGUGCGUAUAAUACUCUCGACGUUACAAUCAACCAGUGGUGUACGUAGUGUUUUUAGUGCAAUAGUGAACCGUUUGUGCGAAUGCUGAUUGUGGUCCUCGAGAAAAGCAGAAAUCUCCGAUAGAAUCGGUUCAUUCGAUCGUGUAUGUACGUGUCUGCACUCUCUAGCACUGUAUGAGCAAUAUUGUGACUACUACAAAACGUAUAUGCUUUAUUUACCGAUGUACCGUGGUGCAAUUGAGAACGUGCGGAGAAACUUAGCUUUAAUGUAAAUUCGAGUUUCAAGUUAUCGUACGCCGAUAGAAGGGACGUCUACCGGUACGCGUUGAUCGUGUGAGGAAAUCGUGUGUGAUCGUGUGAUUGAUUGCAGUGUUAGCAAGAAACCGAAACUGAAUCGUGUUUAUUCCACCGAAAAAAGAAGAAGAAAAAUAGAGAACAAGGCUGUUUUCGUAAAUGUAAGACACGUGUUUAAAAGUUCUUGUUGCAAGCAGGUGAUUUCACGUAACGACAAGACAUAACGUCCUAGACAUAUCCAUCCCCCAAACUACUCAAACACCGCUACCGAGUGUUUGAAGUAUAGACCAGUGUGUGUGUGUGUGAACUACUACUACUACUAUUACUACUGGUUCCCUGAGAACCGCUACGAAACAUUCCGCAAUUCCCAAAGCAGUAUUUCCACCCAAAGCGGGAUCGAGCAUCCAAGCACAAAGAAGGGAGAUCGUCCUGUACAACAGGUUUACGGGUUUUUAGAGAAGAAGCGGUGGUCAGUUGCUGCGUUGAGCCACGUGGACCAAGAAACGACGACGAGGAGCGGCAUGCAGCAGAGUAAUAACUCAGCAGUACAGAAAAGAAGUCUGACAUGAUAGCUUUUUACGUUCGUUUGUUAGUAACGGUGUCGACGACGCAGGCUCCCCAAGUACUGCUGAACAGGAUCAGCACCAUCGCAGCAGCAUCCAUUGCUAUCGAUAAGCUUAAAGUUCCAGUGUCCGGGGAAGUCUAGUUGACACUGGUAGUAGAAAGAGCAAGAAUAAGAACCCAACAUAUUACGAAAGCCAUACGUCGUCCAGCGGCCAAACAGAACACGAAGGACAGCGGCUGGUGGCGCCGUGCACGAACAAACAUUACUCCGUUACUAGUGAGAUGUGAUUUUCUUGAUUACCUGACUAAUACGUUCACGUGUUAGCAUUAAUUUUAAACGAAAAAGUGCAAUCAUCUCCUUCGUCACAGUCGAAAACGGCGAAUACUCGAUUGGGGACGGAAAAUAAAUAUAUAUUUCGCACAAAUUUGUUCGAAAUCGUUUGUUGAUCGAAGCUACAAAAGCACACGUAACAUGAUCAAUACGGACCAAACCGUAGCGGAUAAGGUAUAUCAAUUGGGGAACGAAAUGAACGAUCGAUUCCAUCAGCAAUACACAUCAUUCGAAGAACUGCUGCGCCUGACGGAACGGAUGCGAACGCUGGAAGCUCAAGGAAGGAUGGUCGGUUCCGGUCGUCUGUGCGGUGGCGGAGAAAGCUCACUGAACGGAGGAGCUUGGGGCUCACCGCCCGGAGUCGGCUCGAGUGUAGUUGGUGCUGGCGUAUCCGGUUGGAAUGCAACAGCGGUGGGUAGCUCUCAGCAAGCCGGUCAACAGCAGCAGCCGUGGAACAGUGGGCAAACGAGUAUGCCACCACCGGUUGGGCCACCGAGACAGGAGAUGCUCGGCAAAUCGAACAACGGUGGCGGAUCACCGAUGGUAGUUGGAGGAAGCGCUAGUACCGGACAGGGUGGUACCGGAGGAUGGAACCAAGUGGUCGUCAAUCCUAAUAAGCAGCAGCAGGCUGCUUCCCAAGCUAUGGUUGGUCAACCACAGCAGCAACAGGUACCGGGUGCCAAUCCGCAAAAUUCCGGACCAAACGCUGCUGCUAGUCUCUCACAACCAGGUGGCGGUAAUCCGCAGUCGGCGGCAGGAGCUGCUCCAGGAGGCGCUGCCGGCGGUAAUGGAGCGGCAGCGGCGGCGGCAGCGGUAGCUUUAGCUGCGGGUAGUGGCGGUGUUGGAGGAGGAGCUGCAGGCAGUGGCUUGGCUUCAACCUCAUCCGCUAAGCUGGAACAUCUGAACUCGAUGCGUGAGGCACUGUUUGCCCAAGAUGGUUGGGGCUGUCAGCACGUCAAUCAGGACACCCAGUGGGAUGUACCGAUAUCUCCGGAACCAACCACCAAGCCUGACCCGUCGCUCAAGGCUACCGUCAACAAUGGCACCGAGCUGUGGGAAACCAAUCUUCGCAACGGUGGUCAACCUCCGGUGCAGGCACCUUCGCAGAAAACUCCUUGGGGUCCGCAGAGUCAUCACGGCGGAACUUGGGGAGUGGAUGAUGAGAGUGGCGGUGAGGCUAGCAAUGUUUGGACCGGAACUCCGGGUGCUCCUGGAGGUGGUGGUAUUGUCGCUAGUGCUCUGGCCGGAACUGGCGGACCUCCGCCGGUAGUUGGCGGAAAUCCUGGUGCACUUGUUGGAGGACAGGUGGGAGCUGGCGGUGGCUGGCAACAGGGAGCAACCGGAGGUGCUGGUGGAGUUGGUGGCGGUGCAGGAGGUCCUGUCGGUGGUGGUAAUGGCAUGUGGCAGGCGGGAACGGGUCUUCCUGGUAGUGCUGGCAUUCCUCCACCGAAGAAGAGUGACAACGAUUGGAGCAGUGGUGCGGGUGUUGGUAUCGGAGCGCCAGGCGGCGGAAACGGAGGUUGGGGUGAAACACGUGGAAAUGUUGGUGCUGGUGCGGUUGGAGGCACUGGCCCGAAUACGGGUGUUCCACCGCAUCUUGCUUCCCAGCUGGAUGGAUUACCCAACGUUGACAUCCGUAGCAUGCGUCCGCCGGGUGCUGGCGGUAUGGAUCAGAGCCGCGAAUUCCGAGGAGAUCCUCGUGGAAUCUCGGGGCGUUUAAGUGGAUCUACAUCGGGCAUGCUGGAUCAUUAUCCGAUGGGCAAAAUGCCACCGCCGGGCGCUUUGUCCUCCGCUUCAUCAGCUGUCGGUGCUGGCAACAGCCAGUGGCCAUUAGGUGGUGGAGGUGUAGGUGCCAGUGGAGGACCGGUUGGCGGAGGCGGAGUUCCAUCAGGCAUGCCGCCAACGAAAUCGGUUUCUGGCGGUUGGGACGAUAACUCCCCGCCGGCGGUGCGUCGUAAUCCUAACCUUGAUGAUGGCACGGCUCUGUGGGCAGCAGGAGGAGGAGGCCCUGGAGGAGGUCCGGGCGGUCGAUCCAGUUCAGGAGUUCCCGAUAGUCAAAUAGUUGGGCGCGGUGGACGCAAUGGUCCGUUGGGCGGCUUGAAUGCUGGCCCGAUUGGCGGUGGUGGAGGACCUUCGGGUGGCCCAGGUGGGUUGGGAGGCGGUCCGAGGAUGGUUGGUUCCGGCGGUCCUGGUGGAAAUCCUCUCAAAGCAGACGCCAGUAACAUGUGGAUGGGAGGACAUGGAGGAGGAGCCGGAGUAGGAGGCUCGCGAAAUGGUUCCUGGGACGACCCAACAAUCGGUGGAUCAUCGGGAGGAAACAAUUGGGACGAUAAACCGACAGGCGGCGCCGGUGGACCACUGGGUGCGGCGUGGAUGGAUGGACCAGGAACUGCGCCGCCUGGUGCAGGAAUGCCUGGUGCGGGUAAUCAGUCUUGGAAUGCGAACAAAAAACCUCUCGGCGGAGCUGGUGGCGGUGGUGGUGGUGGAGGCGUGUGGCCAGAUUCUUCAUCCGGAGCCGAUUUGUUGGGCAACGAUUGGAAUGUUGGUGGUCCUGGCGUUGGUGGAGGCAAGAUGACUAGUAAACCUCCCCAUGGACCAUUGGAAAUUAUUCGGAGCAGCAAGCAAUAUCGCAUUCUGUGCGAGAUGGGCUACAAGAAGGAAGAUGUUGAGUUUGCCCUGCGUGCCGCCAAUAUGGUGCUUGAGGAAGCGGUCGAUUUGCUGCAACGUAACGGGUCGCUGCCGAAUGUUACUGGCAUGGGUAACGCUUCUUCGGGUGGAGAUUGGCGAAGGGAUGACACACACGCACCGCUUGGUGGAGGCUCAGGAGGAGGCAAUGUUGGUGGCGGUAACGGUGUGUUUGAACCUCCCUUCGGUAAUCGCUACCUGGGCGGCGGUGCAGGAGGUGCUGGCAAUGGCGGAGGCGGUGGCAAUGGACAUUCUUUGCACUUCCAGCAGGGUAAUCAGAACGGUAUGCCUGGCAGCGGCGCAGGUGGCAUGGGUGGAGCUGGAGGGAAUCCGAAUCUUUCCGGAUUGCAUGGCCUCUCCUCCAAGUCACUUGGUAGCUACCUAAAUCAAGCACCUCCGCCCAUGGGUGGGCUAGGAGGACAGGGAGGCUCCAUGACUCCGUUCAACCAAGGUGGAGCAGCAGCCAAUAAUGCUGUCGGUGGAGGCGGUGGUGGUGGUGGCGGUGGUGCUGCAGGGGGACAAAACUCCGUCCAGCCGAACACACAGCUACGCUCACUUGUUCAGCAGAUUCAGAUGGCGGUGCAGACCGGGUACCUCAACCCACAGAUUCUCAACCAACCGCUGGCUCCACAAACGUUCUUGCUGUUGAAUCAGUUACUGAGUAGCAUUAAGCAAUUACAAGUAACCCAGAGCAAUCUGCAGCGUGGCGGUACUGGUUCCAACAAUCAAAUAGCGAUGAUCUCCAAGAUCAAGCAGCAAAUAGCCAGCCUGCAGAACCAAAUAGCCACCCAGCAGACGCUGUAUGUGAAGCAACAACAGCAGCAGCAGCAGCAGCAGCAACAGCAGCAACAACAGCAACAGCAACAACAGCAGCAGCAGCAGCAUCCGCACCAACAACAGCAGCAUCAGCAACACCAGCAGCAGCAACAGCAGCAGCAGCACCAGCAACAUCAGCAACAACACCACCAACAUUCGUCUGUUGGCAAUCCAUCAUCCCAUCUGGGCGGUGGUCAUCUCGGUGGCAAUUUCCAUCGCAAUGAUCCCAACGAACUGAGCGCACUGCAGAACAGUCUAUCGGAAAUGACGCUGGGCAAGGAGCACAAUGGUCCGUAUCUGUCCGGACCACCGGUAAGCGGUGGUGGUGGUGCGGGAACAGGUGGCACCGGGCCAACCAGUCAGCAGUCACGCUUGAAUCAGUGGAAGCUACCGUCGAUGAUGGAUAAGGAUAACAAUCACGAUUUGACCGAUUUUUCGCGCGCUCCGGGCUCGACGGCCAAGUCCGUUGGGCUCGGUGGUAACGGUAAUGGAGGAACCGGUGGAAUGGGCGGGCUGGGCGGACUACAAAGCGAUGGCACCUGGUCAUCGGGACGGUCUGGCAUGACGGACGGCUGGCCGGAUAAUGCAUCCUCCGAUCUGACUGGAAAGGAUUGGCCCUCAAAUCAAGACUCUUUCUCCGAUUUGGUGCCGGAAUUCGAACCCGGAAAACCGUGGAAGGGCACUCAGAUGAAGAUUGAGGAAGAUCCGACCAUCACUCCAGGCAGUAUUGCCCGCAGUCCUAUCGCUUCGAUUUCGGUCGGUUCGGCAAAGGAUUCGGAGCUGUUUGCGUCCAGCAGCAAACCCUCCCCGACGGAUUCGAUCAGUCUUUCCUCGUCAACUUGGAGUUUCAGCGCAAGCAGCAACAACUACUCAUCCUCGUCCGGCGCCGGUAUGAGUAAGCUCGGAGGUCCGUCCAAAAACACGUGGUCGGAUAGUGGUGUAACUGGCGCAGGUUCCGAUGUUUGGGGAGGCGGGCUUGGUGGUUCUGGAGGGCCUACUGCCAACAGUGCGACUAAGACACCGCGUGGCCCACCGCCAGGGCUCUCUUCUGGUAAGGCCACUGGUGGCGCUAGUGCCGGUGGUGGCCCGGGAAGUAACGGAUGGAUCCAAAGAACGGGCCACGGUCAGGGUGGCAAUUGGUCGGGCGGUGGGGGUGCCGCUGGAACGUGGUACUCGACCUGGUUGUUGUUGAAGAAUCUAACCGCACAGAUCGAUGGAUCAACCUUGCGCACGCUCUGCAUGCAACAUGGGCCGCUGCAAAACUUCCAUCUGUAUCUGAACCACGGCAUUGCGCUCUGCAAAUACUUAACCCGCGAGGAAGCGAACAAAGCUCAGCUGGCACUGAAUAAUUGUGUGCUCGGCAAUACGACGAUCUGUGCUGAAUCGCCGACGGACAGUGAGGUGCAGACGAUCCUACAACACUUGGGACUGCCGGGACAGAAUGGUGGUGGUGGUGGUGGCAGCGGUGGUGGCGGAGGAAGUCAGAACAAUGCCACGGGCGGUAUUGGCAAUUCAAAUAUGGCACAAACUUGGCGCACAAACGGGCCCAUUACUGGACGUGUCACUGAUACUUGGGGCCCGUCGUGGUCGUCUUCCACCGGUGGCAGCAAUCUGUGGACCCCGCUGGAUGGUCCAACCGAGCGAGGCACACCAUCGAACUUGAACUCAUUCCUUCCGGAGAAUUUACUCGUUGGCGAGCUGAACUAAGCUGUGAACAACCACAGUGCAGCACCAGCAAUAGGCCCAACCAUGGUUGAGAGCAGAACAGUUGCUGUCCAAAUCGUCAUUCGUCAAGCAAUCGGUCCCUGUGUGUGAGUGUGCAUUCCCCGACAGUACCGGACGCUAGUAGUGGUAAGUUUUUAAAGCAAACCCAAGGGCGCACAAGGGGCGCAUCAUCCCAGCUAAUGGAUAAUCCUGUCCGUGUGUGUUCGAGCGGAGAUUAGUUUUAAUUUUUAUAUAUUCGCAAAAGUAUUGUGAUGCGCUCUAGAUGCGCUACUCAGCAAAGAAACAAACGGGUGGUUGUACACUAAACAAUCCUCCGAGAGAGUUCGCGCACGUGUAGGUGCGUUGUAGUGUUAUGGAUUACUAGUUUGUGCCGCGAUGCAGCAUAAUGAAACGCUUACAAACCGAUCGAUCGAUGCGUGUUACAUGCCGGUUUGCAGACACAAACAAGAAAAAAGGUACAAAUGGUUUUGUUGAUUAAUUUUUAAUUUCACUCACCGGCUUUUUAUGUGUCUGCAAAACAAGCAAUGCUUUGAUGUGUUAACGAUGGACGGAGGAGAAUACCUAUCACGAAGUGCGCUCUGUAGAGCAUUCAACCUACAAACAUAUAUACAUACAUACAUAUAUAAGUAUAUAUUCGAUACAACAAAUACACUUAGAAUUGAUCGCGCAGAGGUGGUGUGCAGUACAACUGCACCACGAUUGAUAGAAACGGUCGAACCAAGCGAUCGUUUUCAAAAAUGGCAAAACAACCUACCUAAGUAGCAAGGAAUACGAAUACUGUGCUGAGUUUCAGGUACACACAAAUACAUAUAACCUAUACACUGUAAGGCAACACAACACCUGUUAGUAUAAACUAAAGAAGGCAGAUAUACUAAUAGUAAUAGGACGGAACGAUAUCAAUCCCUCACGACACUCGUCAACCGAGCAACAAAACUUGAGAUAAAUAAUGCCGACGAGUUCCCCGGUUUUGUUUUUGUCUUUAUUAUAACCUUCCAACUAUUUAUUUGUUACUCUGUUUUAAUUAGUUGCAUUAUUUAGUUAAAUGAAUACUCGACCAAGCAGGGAGCUAACGAGUGAUGGACGUUAAAUUAAUAGCGAUAGUGGAUAAUUGAUAUACGAGAACGCUUAUGUUUGUUUAGACCCCCUCUCCCAAGCCCAAACAUCGUAUAUAGUACGUGCAUUUACUACCGUAGGUGAGGCUAAGUAGCGACAACAGGGAACAAAUCUAUACCAUUGUGGAAAAAUUUAAACUUCCCAUCACACACACACACACACACACUCUUGCUCUCCCUCGCGCUCUAGCUGUGCAGAGGGUAGAAACAAUCAGACACAUACAGUGGAGACACGUGAUCUCAUGGCUUAAGGGAGGGCUUCCGCCAACAUGGCCAAUAGCCAGCCAGCAUGUGAAGUGAAUCAGAUUUCCAGAUAAUUGUAUUCUAAAUUUUUCAUUCGGUAACGAAUGUUAAGCCAUUAAUUAAUACGUCCGUAUUUGUUCGUAUUUCGUUCCUGUUCGACUAUAAGAUACAGAUUCGGAGGGGAGAUAUAUCAAAUGUUGAGUGGGUGCGUGCGUGCGUGAGAGUACACUUCGGCGUCGGCAAGGUUGUGAUUUUCUAAACCAGGCUUACGAGAGAGCAAUGCAAUGCAGUGUAGAGAAGGUUUAUACAGACUGGCACCACAGAGCAGGGGGUUUUACUUUCAGAACCAUUUUGUUUUCUUACCACCAAUUACCGAUCAUCACCAAGAACUUACACCGAGUGUCACCGUAGAGUUGAAUACGCUUUAUUUGAGUGAGCGUUGCGGAAUGAUAAUAGCCAACCAAACCGUAACACAAUCUCCAUUUGCGGGGCUUUUUGUUGUUGAAUUUGUGGGCAUCGGCAGAAACGCCGCAUAGACUUAGUUACGCAAGCUAUUAUUCUUACCGGAGUUCCUACGCUCUUACCCUUAAUAUUGUUUACGACUUACACAUAUUGUUUUCAAAUAUUUUCCCUACCACAUUCCUACUGUACUGCAUAGAUUUAAGUAUGAGUUGUAAAACGCACACACACACACACACACACCAUCCUUCUUCCAAACGCACACACUAUAGGACCCCUAUUUUCCCAAAGAAAACAGCGCUUAUUACCCGUGUUAUGUUUAGCGAAGAAGCAGUACAUUUAAUAUAAAAUGCGCACAGGCGGCACAAGCAUGAAUGGUGCAUUCAUAAGUAAUAUAUAUAAAUCUACACUCAUCAUCACCACCGCUAUCGUGUGCGUAAGUAAUCUAAAGCAAUAUUUCGUGUUAGGGCGUAAGGCGGGCAUGGGCGAGCAACGAGAGUUCUUUCCUGUUGUUUUGUUGAACUGCUUGAACUGCUUCUACUGCUUGAAAUAGUCCUGUUUUUAAGAAUUAGAAGAGCAGACAGAAAGAUAGCUUGAGGGAUCGCAGGAGCGCGUUCGGAUUGGUUUGAAUCGAUCUGUCGAUCUUUCAUUUUGCUUCAAAUGCAGUCCGCUAAUGGGAAGAAGGAGGCAGGAUAUUGGCCAAAAAUGUGAUAACAAAAUUGAAACAUUCGGUUGCAAACCAAACACACUCCGAUAGCUUUCACCGGUUGAGGCGACAGGCGGGAGUCGUGGAAGAAAACAGGUAUUUACUACAAGUACAUAUGGCAAAUGGACAAAUGUUUGCAUUAUUGUACGUGUCUUUCGCGUUUACCUCUUCGGUGGCGAAUUUACCAAGAGAGGUAGAAGUAGCGUAAUAAUUUGAGUUCCGCUGUACGAAUGUGUCCGUAUUUAAGUUGCCUUUCCUUUUGACCUAAAUCCCCGGACUCUGUCCGGCAAAGCAAUCAUUGCAAGGUGGUGACUAAUGGGAAGCUUAACGGUUUGUUUCCACCUCCUUGAACGCUGUAAAGCUCUACAACAUGGGAACACCAAUGCAUUCGCAUGUCUCUCGCAUGGGGAAAACGUGUACAAAACCGAUCUAGCGCUGGAUACCUAACGGAGAUGCACCUUUUGGGGGAGUUUUACGUUGCAUUUGUGCGAUUGUAUUUGAAUGACGAAUCAUGCGUUUGGUGGAAAACUGCUCUCGGUGCACAAAACUUACAGUAAAACGAUAUCAAAAUGUGUGUGUGUGGGUGUUUCUUGUAUGUGUGAAUGUUUGCGGGUGAGAGUACAGUGAAAUUUUAUCUAGCUUUCAUAAGAAACCGGACGGAGACAGCAUGUGGCAUCACACGGUGGGGAGAACAGAAAACAAAACUAUAUUUUAGUAUCUAAGUACACGACUAAACGGCGUAUAAAGAGACGGCAGAGACAACACAGAACAGAUUCUAUUUAUAUAACAUCAUUAUUAUAUGAGUUAGGCGUAUAAAACAGUAAAACUAUAUACAUAGCAAUAAAUCGUAUGCGGGUGGCGAGCAACAACGCGCGUGCACGAGGCAACAGCCCUGUCACCGAUGCAAGGAAUUGGAACAUGAAUUUAAUCCAUGCUUCUUUGUCUUCGUGUCGUGUGAAGUUAGAGGAAAUUUUUAACAUUUACGAGACAUUAUUGUGCAACAUUAUUAGCAAACGGUUAAAAAGGGGAGCGGGGAAACUGUAAUACUUAUAUCAUAUACAUGUAUGAAACUAGUUUAAAAUUUAAAAGCCACACACAGCUCUAAAAUACUCAUAUGAUUAACAACAAUCACCUAAACACCGAGUACAUUGAAACGAAACAGGUAGAAGCAGCGUGGCAGCAUGGGGAGCUGACAGAUAGCACAGAAUUAUGACAAUAUAUUUAAAACUUCAGAAUUCUGACUAGAAACAGAUAAACAAACGAUAUUGGUUGGUUGAUGAAAUUGGCUAUGAUUGGCGGUAAGGUUUAUAGGAGAUAGGACCACGGCCGUACAACGCUACCGUACAGGUAACAGAGGCUCAGCGCUAUUAAAUUAUUGACUAAAGGUGUUGGCUGUACCGAUACAGCUAGCUGAUAGUGCUGGAAAGCCAUUUCUUUUGUUUAAAAAUAUUGGCUAUUGGAUUAUUUGGCAAACAACGAGACAUGGUGAGCGAUCGUCCAUUUCUAGUCACAAUACGAGAAGCAGCAUGAUGCCCUUUUGCGAUUAAUGCAGGGCCAACGCCAGCUGAUAAACAAAGCCAAAUUUUUGAUCUACUCGUUUUUAGGUGUUCAUCCUGGUAAAAAAACCAAUAGAAAUAGAUAAAUGCAGCUAAAAAAAGCAAACCAGCAACUAAUCCUUUCUGUGUUCCUUGUUCUAUGUAAAAAGAAUUUGGUCCUGUGUAUCUCUAUCCUCUAAGUGUGAAGUCCUAUGUCCUUUUCUUGCAUCUCGUAGCCACUCCAUCGGAUAGCGCUGUGUUAGAAACGAUUUGCCUUUUUGGGGUGAAUACACGGAAAAUGGCGUUCAAGCUAAGCUCUGCAGACUAGCGGGGUUGAUAAAGUAAUCAAUGCAUAAAGGUGCUCUUUCUCUUGUAAGAUAAUAAGGGGGAAACAGUUGUGACUUCAGUCCCGGAUGGAAAAUCAAAGAGGGACAGAUUACAAAUUGCUAAACAAAAGGUAAAUGAGCAUCCAAACCAGAAGCGGAUAUAGCCCAACAAGCUCAACACCGCCACAUAAGCUAAACGAAAGUAGUUGAUAACCCAACAUACAUAUUGUAACCGCCGAAUGAAGUGGAAGAGUGUGUGUGAUGUUUAGAUAUUUGCAAGAAGAGGAAAAAAAAACAACCAUAAAUGUAUUUUAACGAGAUAUUAUGGAGGUAAAAGCAAAAAAAAAAAACAAACAAACAAACAAUCUGCCCAUCGUAAUGUAAGGAAAUAUUUGCGCAAUUACGUGUUUAAGAUGUAUAAGUAACAUUAUCUGCUAUACAUAUUGUUCACGAAGCAAGUAACAAAAAAUAAUCUUCAAGGAAUAGUAACGAAAUGUGACAUGCCAUAAACUCCAAAAACAAAAAGACGAAAAUGAACAAAAAAAAAAAAAGAGAAGGAAAACACAUACAAAUAAGGCAAAGAAAUAAGAUAACAAAGGGUAGAGAAGAAGGUAACAGCGGUGGUAGAAAUUUUAUCAUCUAAAUGUCUGUUCCAAAUGCAGCUAGCUGGCAUAAGUAAAGGCCUAAGAAUGAAAAGAAGGUAUUCGGGACGGUAGAAAAUGACCAAAAUCAUUAACGAGAUAGAGUAGAAUUUUGCCAACAAAACACUUGUUGAAAUGAAACAGAAAUGACCACACACAAUUCACGAGACAUGACACGAAAGCUGAAGAACCAAUACGACGAAUCUUAACUAUUUGCUACAAAGAGGAGGCUCAAACGAGUAAGCACACACAUUCAACCUGUGGGGAAAGGGUUUUUUUUUUCUUUUGGGAAUAUUCUUUAGAUGGGAUGAGUUCCACAAGGCUGUGUUUGGUGUUUGGAGUGUACGGUGAAAUGUAUGAAUGAGACCACGCGCGCACACGUUCACCGAAUUUCGGGCGACUUAGGUUUGUCUACCCUUUAAGGACACCAUUUACUUGACUUCUACUCAGAAGAAAAACAGGAAACUAGCAGUCAUUUAGUCACACAGCAAUGCAGCGAUCGUUCGUAUGUGUGGGGUAGGGCUGCUCUUCGCUAGACGUUUUUCCAUUCUCCAAUCUCUAUGUGUCUAUAUGUGCGCUUAUAUUGAACAGUGUGUAGCUUCUCAUAUCAAUGUAACUUCCAGUGUAAAAUGUGUGUGAGUGUGUGUGUGAUUGUAGUAAGUCCCCAUAGUGACCAGUAUAUAUACAUAGUAAAAGGGUUUGUAAAACUGGAUCUUUCGGCGUCAGGUGCACUGAUGCGCUCUGUGACAAGUGUUCGCCUUCUAAAUGUACUUACCAACAAACAAAACAUACAAACAAAUCAGUCAAGCGAUAAUCAAAAGCCAAGGUGUGUAGGACCAUGCAGAUGGGAAGAGAGAGAGAGAGUGGUAGGAGGAUGAUGCAUUUUACGUGAUAGUAAAGUAACGUAGUCGACGUCUCUGACGAACCUGACAUAGUUGUUGAACCGCAGAGCAGAACCUCUGUGUAGGGGAACGUACACGCUGCGCUUUGUACUCAAUCCGUUUCGCUUUUUUGGAGCAUUUUGCAACGAAUUUACGUGCUAGUAGAGAUGAUUUCUGUACCAAACGAUUGUGUUUUCUUUUGUGUUCCGGGAACUCCGCGAUAUCCAUCCAGCCCUCGUGUAUAGGGUAAAGGAUUAUUCAAGUGCUAAGUUGGGUUUGGAACGGAACGAUGUAUCGAAUGUAGUCCGUACGUUCCGAAUACUCAUUUUACGGGUUUAUUAUGUGAUUAUUGUGAGAGUGAUUUGUCUGAAUAGGACUAGACGGGCGGGCAGGCGUAAAAGUGAGGCGUGAGUUUAUUGAAAAUUAGAGACCUUUAACGGAAAAGGAUGAUAGUGAUUUGCUGUCUUCCAAUGACGAGAAGGAAAAUUCAUGUCCGAGUUUUUGCAAAUUAUUUGGCCUACUCUCUGCCACCACAUCAUCAACAAGCGAUUGUUUAGCAUUUUUAAGUAGCGUAUUAUUUUAAGUUGUUGGUAUCAAAGGAAAAUGGCAAGGAACCGUUCCGCGCAAUCCACACUGAGUUGUGUUAGUGUAAACGUUACUGAAACACAGCUCUGGAAGUGUUUGGAAUUGAACAAAAUUGGGAUAAUACAACAACAAAAAAACAAAGUUCUCUUAAAGAUGUGUUUAAACAACAAGAUAAGACAGUGCCUUAAAAACUGCCACUUGGACGAGGCUUGUGCGACGACCCCGAUUGCUAGAAGCCCAUUCAUCAUCAGCCCGAUGUUGCUGCUACAUCAUGCGAUAUCAUCCAAACAUUGUUCCAUCGGCUUAACCCUCUGUAGCCACUACAAAAUAAAAAACCAAAAUCAAAUGAAAUCGACGUACGAAAAGGGGCCGGAAGGAGCCGGUUGCAGAAAUUUGGAGCAAAUUCCACGAGAGCUUACAGUGUUAACCGAACAAAACAAAAAAAAACAACCUGUAGAGUGUUCUAGGAGAUAGAAUCUUUUUAUUAGUGUCAAAGUGUUUGCAUUUAAUGUUUUAGACAAAGCGGAAGGGGUGAGAAAAAUUAAGAUGAAAUUUAAAAAUUAAUAUCACGAUCGCGUGUGAUCACGAUUCCUUUCACCGUAGUGUAAAGUGAAGUAAACAAUUCUUACAUACUAUAACAAAAAAAAAAAAAAACGUAAGCUGCUGUGGAAUACUCCAUAAAUCGUACAGCCAAUCAAAGACACAUUGUUAGUUAAGACAUAUUUAGCACACAGCGCUCUCAACUUCCUUAAUGUACUGUUUUUCCCUGUUCGGUUCUGUGCUUGUUCCUUCCAAUAAAAUUCGCUAAGCGAAUGGGUUUUCUAAACAAAAACAAAAAAAACUCUACGUGUGUGCGCGUGGAGGAAAAGGUUAAUGGUGGAAGGAAAAAUAGAAGAAGCCGAACAAAGCACCGAUCAAUCAACUGUUUAAUGGGUAGACACGCCAGUGUUUGGUGAGGAAAAAGGGAAGGAAAAACACAAAAACAUAAGAAAGUCUAACGGAUACAGCCAUCUUGAAUGUGAUUUAUGUUCCUUUGAUGUAUAAUAGAACGGAGUGCAAACCCCCUUGAAUGAGAAGCCCCGAUAUAUUCACCCGCAAAGCCAAAGAACUCAAGAAAUCAAGUGAAAAAAAUAAACCUUUAGCACGGUGGUAUCACCGGAUCGCGCAAAUUCUGCGGGCGAUGAUCAAUAAUCUACAUCAGCUACAUAUCAUCGUCAAGCAAAUCAAUCAAUAAAAACACAACGUUACGAGCGAGAUUGCACGGUGAUUUUGGGUCUGGGACACCGUUUUGUUCUGGCCCGCGAAACGAACGAAUCAUCACGAUACAAAAGGAUGUCUCUGCAACAGUCGCCCUUAGGAAAAUGUCGCGUGCCAACAACAGUGGUCCGGCUUCUAAGCGAAAGCAAGCCAGUCGAUAAAAAACACCCUUACGGAGGGUUUAGGAAGAAGGCAGUAGUACUGCAGUGUGUAUACGACACGUGUGUAACAAACCGCUAUUUUCUAACAGUACAAAGCCAACACUUACGACAGCAACAAAAAUGUCGAGAUUCUCGAGAGCUCCAAAUCACUCGAAUAGGACGGAAGUAGGAAAUCCCCACCAUGUAUCACAGACAAAGGAAACACAUAAGUUGCCGGACUGCCAACGGGAAAACCGAGACCGCGAGCGGUUCUUUUCAACGGAUUGACGCUUUACAUCCUAAUCUCAUGUGUGCCACCAACGUACUUAAUCCACCAGCUUCACGGUGGUUGGGUGGGUUGGCUAAUGCAUUCGUGUAUACUGUCCCUCGAACAACGAGAGAAGGCAGGAGACGUGUGACAGAUGCAACACGUUUUAGUACCUGUCAGCGACGAAAUGGGAGUGCACGGCGAAAUGAAAACCGAUCAUACGAGCGUUCUUUUUGAAGGCAUUAUAUCCUGAGCACUUAUCAUGUUACUAAACAUAGCUGAGCGAUAAGCAGUGCUCCGAAAACGGUGAUCGAUGCUACUAACACAAGGUGCUAACACAGAAAACAAACGGACGCUACGAAACACUAAGCGCAUGAUGUCGCUGCAGCAAGGAGAACGGAAGUGAGUAGUGUAAGAUCAAAAUUUGAUAAACGAAAAAGCAAAAAAAAAAAAACCCAUAGUGUGUUUAGUGAUUCGCUUUUAACUGUGAGUAAACCUAAUUGGUUGGACGUGUCGUGUGAGUGUACGGUGAGAUAGAAUAAAUCUCUUAUUAAGAAACAAUUAUUUACUUAGGCGGAUAAAGCAAAAAAAAACAAAUGGAUACAACUAUAUAUAUACAUAAACAGUACAUAAGGCAAGCGAAAUGAAUGCAAAUGAUUAAUGCAAGCCUAAGUAUAGUCUUAGUAUAAGUAUUUUUUUCUUCCUUUGUCCAACCCUCCCUUAAAUGAAAAAUAGAACAAUAUGCGAUACAUUUGUGUAGUAGUUAAGUAAAUGAAUACGUACCAAAAAAAGAAGAAAACAAAAUGCGAAGGAAGAAGACAUGUGUGUAAUGUGUAAUGAGGCUAUCAAACACACGAGUGGUAAUUGAAACUAAAUAUAGUAAAAAGAUAAAUGAUGAUGCGUUUUGGGUGGGGCGAAUCUUUGAGUGUAAAAGAAGAAAACAAAAAGAACAAAAAAAAAAAAACGCCAAAACGCAAAACAACAGGGUUCAAUAAGACAAGCAAAACAAAACUGCAAUCUAACAGCGGAUCAAUUAAUAUAUUGCAAAUGAAACAAACCAACGGUACUGAAGAAAACAACACACAUACAACUUAUAAACUACAUUGACAAAAACCACACAAACCACUUAAAAUGUUACGCAUACUGAUAGUAACAUAAUGAAGGGGGGAAAACUAACAACCAACCAACCAACGCGGAUCAACAACCAAAACCAAUGAGAGGAGAGACUUUCGCGGGAUCAGUUGGCUGUGGCACAAACUAAUAAUAAUACUGGUAAACCCCAACAUGGCAGCAACCCGCUCCCCCGGUGUUUGACUGCUCGUGGGCUGCCCCUUGAAUAUCUGGCCAUUCGGCAGUAGAGGACAGAAAAGGGGGGUAAAAACGGCAGCCGAGCGAUGCAACUUCUUGUGCAAAACAAAAACGACGAAUACCACCUACAAUUAAUAAAACAAAAUAACAAAAAUAAAACACACACACAGCAGCAGCAGCAUAUGGUAAACAGUAUUUUCUGUAAGAAAAACAUUGAAGGAGAAAAAAAGCAAAUGAAAAAAGAGGAGUAGAAAGUGGGAGAUGUUUUAAAAGCGCGAGAGGAUGCCUCAGAACGAUACAGUGGAGUAGCAACAACAAAAAAAAAAGCAAUGAGCGCACCUCUUCAUUAGAUACUUGAUGGGAGCCUUAAUAUUAACCCAGAACCAGAAGAUUAGCAAAGGAGAAGCAACCCGUUUUUAUCAGUUUAAUGUGGCACCACUUGCGGUGGAAAACGAAACUAAAACAACAUAAGGCGAGAAGAAGUAGAGUUUAAGGGUGUCCAAACGUCCAAACGGCGGCAAUUGGAGCAAACGUGUAAUGGAUUAGUUGAAUGAUUGGUUAAUCAUCAUACGAACUCUUUAUUCUUAUCUUAAUCACCGACAAAACCAAUCUUUGUUUCGAAAAGUGCAAUUAUUUUACAUUCCAACACACAUCCCGCACAUGUGAUAUCUGCUGUUUUAUGUUUAUGUUUUUCGAUGCCGAUUGAAAAAGUUACUACAUUUGCUUGUUAAAGCGCCGCGUUUUCAUUGCUUUACCCUCGUUCAGCGAAAUACCGUGUGUAUUGGUACCGAUUGCGUCUGGAAGUGAUAUGAGACUGAUUUGAGCCGAUGUAUGAAUGCACGAAAAGCCACUUAAAACAACCGAACCAAACACGACACACAUAUAGAAAUGGUUGGUGCAAGGGUAGUGGCUAGGCAGAACAAUAAAUAUCUGAUGAAUAAGCCAUCCAUAACAAUGUAGAAAACUUGAUCUUGAAUAAGACAAAGUCGGGAUUAAUUUGAAUUAAGGUCGUUUAUCGUUUUAUACUGGUAGAAUCUCUUGAAAUCAUACUCUGUGAACCUUGCAAAACCAUUAGCGAAAAAGGUAGAUUUUUCCUCGCCAUUUUCUAUUUAUUUUUUUAAACGUUUCUAACGUUUUCCUUUUUGCGUUCGCGAUAAAUCAAUAAAACAGUUUGAUGUGGGUAAAACAAAGUGAAGAACAAAAUGAUAGAAUAAAUUAAUAUCAAACAUGGAGUAGAAGGAAAGAUGAGAAACAGACACAGUGUAGUUUGAUAUGUGUCGUAUGAGAUUUGAUGUGCAAAAAGCUUGCCCAGGUGAAGCUUCCAACCAUUAGACGAAAAAGAAAAACAAAAUUAAGAUUAAGCAUUCAAAACAGAAACACUACGAAACAAAGUUAUUAGCAGCAGCGGUUGGGAUACAUUGUGACAUUUUGUUUAUAUAAAUGGGUAAGAUAAAUCGGCUCGCAAUAUAAGCAAGCUCUUCUAAGAGCACACUUUACAUGCAUAAAUAUAUAUAAGAGAAAAGCAGACAGCAGGACAAAACACCCGGAGCAAGUUUGGCGCGAAGAGCUUUGAAGUUUAUGAGUUUUUCAGUUUUGCCUUCAGUAAUAACGGAGUCGACUACAUGCCCAAGGAAGCCUUAGCAUAUCCGGGCUUUGACCGCUCACCGUGGAGAGAAACAGCACUAAACAUAAAGCAACUGCUAAAUAAAACCUUAGAUAAUAGAACGCGGACCGUGUGUGGCCGAUGUGGUGGCUUCUGGCGACCGAAAACACAUUAAACAUAAAAUUACCAAUGAGAUAAAGGGUGCACUUCCUUGUAGUGUAAUAUCCUCCCCUAAUAAAAAAAAAUUAAGCAAAAUAAAAAAAACUCUUUAGACAAAAUGAAAACCCCAUACAAGGGAAGUGGUUUAGUUGAACGUUAAAGUAAGUGAAAAUGUUCCUUGUUUUAUGGUGACGAAAAAAAUCGCAAAAAAACCGUAACCAAAACCAUCAAAACUAAAACUAAAAUCAUAAAAGAAAGGGAGGUUAACGAAAAAUGAGAAAGCGAGACAAACAAAUGCAAACUGUCAAACAAACAAUACAAUAAGAGAUUCUAAACAUUUACAUAAAAUCAAUGUGCAUCCAAGUAGGUUGCGAUAAAUGUGCUCACGCUCAUGGCCCCGCCCCCCCAUCGAUAUCAUGUGUAUGUGUUCGAAUUUUAAACAGGAAAAAACCGUUAGGGAAAGAGGCUAACCGUAAGGGGAAGAAUGAGCGGAAAAUUUAACUGAAAAUGCAUAAAAUGAUCGAAAUGCGAGACUAGCGAACGAAAACGAUGCACAACCUCUCUGAAUAUGAACAACCUUCGGUUUAAAGCACUCAGUUACUUUAUCUCUCCCGAAAGGAAAAAAAAGGGCGAAGUGCUUCACAUUUGCUGCACGAAGAAGAUGUGCCAAACAGUGAGUUAACUUUAGAGAGAAAAAAAGCACCAAAUUGGUUUUUCUUUUUGCUUGCCACUCCACGAUCUCUCCGACAUUUGCGCCUAUCCAUUUCCCGUGCAUACUAUCCUAGUCGCACAAUCACAGUUCGAUAAUCAAACGCAUACCUCUCUUUCUCUCCGACGGAAGUGCUCGUUACGGAAAGACUACUCCAACAGACGAAAGCAAUAGCACGGGAAGGUGGAACCAAAUGCUUUACUUACAAAUUACUUGGUGUGUAAGCAGGUGUGUAAUAAGCCUAGUCAAAAUUUGUCAAAUUACUGCACACACAGACAUCCUAGCCGAAAAUUACGUUGAUAUUUGACUUUUUUAUAUUUUUUCGCUGGGUGAGUUUUGUAUGUGACAUAAGUAAAAACAUUACAAAAAAAAACAUAAAUACAGGUGCAAGAAGUAGAUGGAUGUGGUCAGUAGUAGUCGUUAGAGGCAGAGAGGGGGCGAGAUGUAAACUUAUUUUCCCCUUUCUAAAAGCUUACCUUUCUUACAUCUCGGUGGCGUUUGUUGUCAUUUAGUGUAGAAGCACCGGGAGCGAUCGGAUCGGAUUCAGUGUUUCAGCUUCAGCUUUAAUAAUACAAAGACUUGAUCUUACCUUCAAUCCUCCUACCAAUAAAUGACUUUAAUCUGUCCGGUGUGUUUAUAUGUAUCUAGUGGUGAAAAUGGAAAAAAAGAAGACAAAAAACACGAAAAAAAAGUUUAAGAUUUUACCACAAAAAAACAACAAUUUAAAAAUUAAUAUACGUGAAACUGUUUCGAUGUGUGUUAUUGCGAAGUUCCGCCUAAUGUCUGUACCACAAAAAGUAAAAUAGAAAAAUUCGCUGUCGAUGUUUAGCAACAAUUUCCCAACCUAGACACGUAGGCAUCAUGUGAAUGUGAACAAUUUUAGGUGUCAUAAAUGGAUAGUUUUUUCUUCUCUCUGUUGUAAUGCAAAUAACAAUAAGCAACACUAAACAAACAAAAACAAACAAAAAAAACGAAACAAACUUUGCGCCCACCACCUUUCCUCAAAAACCUGUUGGAUCAAUCAAAUCGAUGUGUUGUCGUCGUACUUUUUUAUAAGAUAAACUUCGUAGAACAUACCAGAUAGCGAACGUGUGUUACAUUCAGCAUCAUACAACAAACGAAACAAGAAAAAGCCAAUCUAAUAUGUAAGAAGAAGAAAAAAAGACGAAGGGACGUGCGCUUAAGACAGCGGGCAAACAAGAUUUUACAAACCAAACAAAACAAAACGAUGGAAAAUAGAGAUGGAAACGAAACAAAACCUAUAUAUAUACACAUAUAAAUGAUGAUACUACGUGUAAGUGUAUUUCAGCCUUCCUGUUUGUUGGAACAAAUUCCUAAAAGAAGCAAAACAAAAAAGAAAACAAAAAGAAAAGUAAUACAUCAAUAAGAAAGGCAGACAAAACGACGCAAGUGAUAAAUAAUUGUGAAUCAUAUAUUAAAGAAAAAACAACAACAAUAUUACAUAUAUAAAUAUAUACUAUAUAGAUAUAUAUACAUGAACUUUAUCUCUAAAUGUGUAAAACGAUACUACUAAACGAUAGUUGAUAAUGAAUGGCAGAGACUCUCAACUCUAUCCGUAUCUCUUUUUCGCUCUUCGUGGCAGUUGAUGUCAGUCUUUUCGCAAUAUCUUCUCACCUGUAAGCAAAAACAUGAAAACGAAACUUACCCUUAACGAAACCAAAACCCAUAAAAAAAUACAUCAUGUUCUUUCGAAUCUAUUUUUGUACUCCUGACUAAAUGUAACUGCAUCAUUAUACACAACAAUACAUCCUAAAGCUAUCUAUCUAUAUACACACAACACACACACAUACAAACGACGAGCGAGAACGAUCCAACCAACGCGUUAGCGCGGAACGACCAGCAACGAACGGCACACGACGAUUAGUGGCCGCCGCAUCAUGUGCAUCAUCGCCCGCCAUACUCACAUGAAGAACUACUAAGCUGAUAUUUAUCCCGGUUCUCUCGUACUGAUGCUGUUGUAGUAAUCAAAUGGAAUGCAGGAGAACCCCCCCCCAAAACGGUCGAAUUUGAAGUCAAUGCACAGCCAGCAAAGGGAGUAGUAAGUUUUGUAGCAGAAUCCUGAAAAGGCGCAGAAUACAAAAGAGGUUUUUUAGUAGAACAAAUCAAUCAGAGAGGAAAACCAAAACAAAAAGGUUGAUAAAACAAACAUAUGAUAACUGUGCGCAUUUCGAAACUAAGUAAGCAACAAAAUAGAGACGAAGAAGAAGAAGAAGAAGAAGAAGAAAAGAUGAAUGAAAUUAAAGAAAAAAUCAAACCAACAAAUACAAACAAAACAUAACAAAUGUGAAUGUGACUCCGAUAUAUGAAAAAGAAAACUUUGCGAAACAGAAGCAACAAACACAAAACAAAACCCCUAAAUAUAUAAAGUAAAUAGAUGUAUGUGUACUCUAACUUCUACAGCAAAUCUUUCAAACAGAAAAAAAAGAAAAGCAAAACAAAACGCGAUAAAUGUGUGACCAAUCAAAAAUGAGAUAAUUUUAGUGAAAAUCAUAAUAAUAAUAAUAAUAAUAAUAAUAAUACUACAACAACAAUAAUAACUAGCAAAGCGGGACGGGGUAAUACUUCUUAUAGGACGGCUAAUGGCGAAUACGUGGUAAUUAGGUAAGGUGGGUAGUGUAGGGUACGAACGCGGAACACAACGCAGCAAAACAACAAACAUAAUAAUGUAAGCCACCAACAAACAAAGCUAAACUCAAAAAAAAAAAAA